UCUUAAAUUACUCAAUCUCCCGUGCAACGUCAUGCAGGGACACUGGUUCGUUUGCAGCUUCCUGUAAACUGCGCGCACGUUAGCUGAUCUCAAUAGAGAGCAAGCCACGGACAUGACGAUUAUGAAUGUGGUGACAAAUUACAAAUCGUGUAAUGUGGUCGCGGACACUCCAUGACGCACGGAAACGCGCUGCUUUAAUAAAUUCUACAUUAAAUGGAGGAGCGAGCUUAGGCUACGGCCACCCUGCAGCGUGGAUGUAACUAACGCUUCGUAUCAUAUGGUAUGCAAGACAGCAGUUCCCAUGGCCAGACGGUGGUUUAUUGGACGUGAGGGGAUUCCCUCUACAAAAUCUGAAGAGCAGAUGCCCAGCUCUUACAGCAGUGUCUCAAGGCCCUGCAUGACAAUCAACCUGACUGAAAUGCUUCGUGCUGACAAACCUAAUGCAGGAAAAAAGCCAAUUCCAAUCCGCCCCCCAAGUCCUAGAGUCUCCCUGCCAAGGGGACAAGAGUUCCGACGCAGUCACUCUUGUGAACCUAUGCCAAAACCCAUUAUCCGACAACGGUCACACUCUCUGCCUUCCUCCACAGAGAAGAAGAAGAAAUGCAGAAAUGUUGGUGUUCGGUUUGUAGACUCUCUGGGGCUCGACCUGGAAGACAUCAGACUUUUCAAAUCUGGAGAGGAUCCAUCUGUACCACAUCAUGUCACCUUUAGAUUGUUGAUGGGUGCAGAGUUGGCCGAUGGAAGGCAUCUGGAGAUAUCUUUGCCAUACUUGAAACCGGUUUUUGCCCAACAACCUGGUGACCAGCCAGGAUUCCUUCAUCGUCUCCAUAUGCAGAAAGUGUGUCUGGAAAGAGUCUUGUGUUUUGAACUGGGUGUCAUUGGAAUCACCCAGGUACUCAAUUUGGACUUUGAGAAAGAUGUCACCGCUCGAUAUUCAUUCACAGAGUGGAAGAGCUGCACAGAAACUAAGGCCUCUUGGGUGUCCACCGUCACCAAGACCUGUGAAGGAGGAAGAGGCCAACUCAGUUAUGAUACAUUUCGUUUCCACUUGCCUGUUCCUCCAUUCCUGCAGCCAGGAGCAGUAUUACAGUUUGCCAUUCAGUACAAAGUCUGUGGGGCUGAAUACUGGGACAACAAUGAUGGAGAGAAUUAUAAGUUAGUUUGCCAUAAUUACAAGCUCACGGUGCCCAAAGAAUGCGAGGAUAGCAUGGUGCACUUCAUUUAGGAUGCUGACUAAAGGUAGAAGAAAUCUAUUUAGAGCACUUUAUGACUGCUGUCAGCAAGACCUAUUAAAAAUGUAUAACUACAUUGUUACAUUUGUUAAUUUUGUGUAGACUAGUGCUGGCAACUAACUAAUCAAGAGUAAAAUUAACAAACACUAGUGCACUUAUACAUAAAGCCAACUUUAGUGCCACUGUUUUACUUUUGUGUUUUCUUUUUAAAAAUUGCACUGUAUUAUUUGAUUUCACGUCAUUGUACUUUAAUGUGAAAAUAUCCAAUGAAAGUGACACCUCCUGAGCAUUACAAAAAACACACUAAUUAAUGCACUUCAGUCCACUGUUUUCUUCCAGCUGGGUAUUUGACAUAGAAAAUAGUUUUAUACAAUGCAGGCUCAGGGUCUUCUGAACCAUUUUGGAUUUUCAGAUAUUCAGAAUUUAUUUUUGAGUCAAAUGUCAAAUUUACAAACCAUGCAAUAGAUGAAAUUGUAAUGUAUUUUAAUUAAUCAGAAAACAAUGCUUACUUUUUUUUUUUUAACAAUAAAGCACAAACACUAUGUUG